AUGUUAAUUUGUGAAAUGUCGCACGGGGGAAAAGAGAAAAAAAGAAAACACAAGCAGAGAUGGAGCCUCAAAGAAAGCGCUGUAUUUUUUUUUUUUUGUGGUUGCAGCUCCAAAGAAAUUAAUUGGUGGAGGCGACGCCGGUUAACGAUAUGUUUUGCAACCGUUGCAGCACUGAGAGUUGUCGCGGCAUCCCAACUUCAUAGUUCCCGUACGCGAUAA